UGUCUAUGAUUGUCUGAAAAAAAAUUACCAUCAAUUUUCACACAUUUUCUCAUUUUCGCCUGCGAAAAAAGAGUCAAAAAUUCAUUUUUUUGCUAUCUUAUGUCUAUAUUAGAGUAAUAAGGUUAGAAAUAUUCAUACAGAGCAGUCGCUUCCGGUUUGUCAUAUCCGCACGAAACGUUCACGUGAAGCUUGUUGUUGUGACAUUUUCCUGCAGUUGUAACAUAUACUUAUGCAUCCACAGACGAUGGUAAAAGAAUACACGUAUUAUAUCUAUCUAUAAAUAUAUAUUAAUACAAAUAUAUACUCCGGAAUGGCGUCAGCGUCGACUAAAGCAGUUGAUCAGGGAAAUUCAGACAAAUAUGACGAGGCAAGUCCGGAUGUCAGUGGCGUACCGUCAUCUGCUACUCGAAGUGUAUACCUAGUGACUUACAGUCAGCCAAAUUUAGAAAAAUUUCCUCUUCGAAGCGACUUUGCUAAGGCGAUCAUUGCCUCGUUCACCCAAGGUUCUGCCCGAGUGCUUCAUUGGUGCUGUAGUCUUGAAAACCAUAGAGACGGUGGGAAACAUUAUCACAUGGCGCUGAAACUCAACAAAAUACAGAGAUGGCUACCUUCCAAAAGAUAUAUGUUACAACAAUUUGGUGCCAGCGUUCACUAUUCAAGUAUCCACCAUGAUUACUAUAGCGCAUGGCUCUAUGUUGCUAAGAGUGAUGAAGGAUAUGAGGAGAGUGAUGGGCACCCAGAUCUAGCAAAUGCUAAUGUGCCGAAAACCACCAAAGCAAGCAUUGCAAAGAAAAACGUUAGAGGCAAAGUGGGUGUAAAAACUAGCACUAAAGAGAAGACGAAAGCAAAGCGAGUAGGAAAGACGAAAAAAAAACGUCUAACGCCAUUGGAUGUGUCAAAUAUCAUUCUGAUCAAGAACAUAAAGACAGAAACUGAACUUCUCGCCCUUGCACAAGAACAGCGAGAACAGGGGAAAACAGAUCUGGCGGGGUUUAUUCUAAAUAGGUCGCCGAAGGUGGUAGCGAACAUACUCAAUAGGACGUGGCAAAUGAAAGGUGCGGAAGAUAAAAUUGCGAGAUCAAAAAAAAGUCGAAUGGAUCUUCUUCAAGAGGCUUCAAACUCAGAUUGUGUUGCCGGGUGCAACGGUGAUUGGUUGCGGUGUGCGAAUGAAGUUUUGCAAAAUAAUGGCAUAAAUAUAUCGUGCUUUGCCGAAUCAGUACGAGAAAGCCUAACCAAUGGUCGCAAAAAACACCGCAAUGUGAUGCUCGUUGGCCCGGCUAAUUGCGGAAAGACUUUUCUCCUUAAACCCCUAAUGGUGGUGUACCAUGCGUUUUGCAAUCCAGCUACUGGAAGUUUUGCAUGGGUUGGCAUACAGGAUGCCAAAUGCAUAUUCCUUAAUGAUUUUCGGUGGAGCCCUCAAGUUAUACCAUGGCACGACUUCUUGUUAAUGUUAGAGGGAGAGGUUGUUCACCUACCAGCUCCAAAAACUCAUUUUACCCGAGAUAUUGAGUUCGAUAAAGAUACGCCAAUCUUUUGUACGAGCAAACGACCGUUAAUAUUCAUAAAGAAUGGUAUUGUCGACGACCGGGAGACCGAGAUGAUGUCCGUUAGAUGGAAAAUUUUCUACCUUAAUUACGCCAUACCUUUAGAACAACAGCGGCGAGAUCUCCAGCCAACAAGACAAUAA